AAGUUGGGGGCAAGGACGGGCAUUCGUGAACGUAUGGCGCACGGGCACCGCCACUGCUUUGCUCCAGAACGUCGUCGACGCCUUCGGACUCGUUGACGAGCAUCACCAUCAAUUUUGCUUGGAUUUCUCCUCAACGCGCUACUGCCACGAAUAUGCUCGUCCACGGAUAUGCUCGUCCAGAUAUUGGAUUUUGGGAUCGCCAGCGCAUGGGGAUGGUUUAUGUCGGAUGCUCGCCGGCGAUGACACAGGGCUGACGUCGACGCGCUCCUCCCUCGCACUGCGCCUGGAGAUAGACCGCAACACGCCGCGCACGGAGAAUAUCAAACCAUGUCGACCACACUUUACCGCCAUCCUUUCCGUGAUCACUCCUCUUGGUACCAACCACAACCACAACCAUGCCCAACGACAAGGCCUGAUCCUCUCCGUCAACGCCGGCUCGUCUUCCCUCAAGAUCUCCCUCUUCAAGCCCUCGGGAUCCUCUUCGUCGGACAAGGACCCCGUCGCGGACCUCCUCCUCGAAUCCUCCAUCGACGACCUCUCCUCCCCGCCCGCGCGCUUCACCCUCAAGCACGAAGACGCGUCUCCGUCCGACUCGUCCCAAGACGUUAAGAAAGAACAAAAGGAUGACAUCAAAGACCACGCGUCCGCGUUCUCGUACUUCCUAGGCCAUCUGGAGCACGAAUCCGGCAUCAAGAAGGCGGACAUCAAGCAGGUCUGCCACCGCGUCGUCCACGGCGGCGACUACGCAGAGCCCGUCACCAUCUCCUCCGAGACCUACCACCAUAUCGAGAAGCUCACCGACCUCGCCCCUCUACACAACGGCGCCGCGCUAGCCGUCAUCCAAGCCUGCCUCAAAUCCCUCCCGAACGCGCGCUCGAUCGCCUACUUCGACACCACCUUCCACCGCGCCCUCCCCGCCCACACGCCUACAUCCUCCGCACCGUCUCCGCCCACCUCCGUCUCCAUCAUCGCCCUCCACCUCGGCUCCGGCGCCUCCGCCUGCGCCAUCCACGUCGGCCGCUCCAUCGACACCUCCAUGGGCCUCACCCCGGUACACGGCCUGCCCGGCGCCACCCGCGCCGGCGCAAUCGACCCCAGCCUCAUCUUCCACUACGCCAACACCGCCGGCCGCAUCUCGCACGACCCCGCGCACGCGACGAACGUGGGCGUGACGGAGGCGGAGGAGAUCUUGAACAAGAAGAGCGGGUUGGCCUUUGACUUGUUCGUGGACCGUAUUGUCGGAUACGUCGGCGCCUACUUCGUCGCGCUCCAGGGCAACGUCGACGCCCUCGUCUUCGCGGGCGGCAUCGGCGAAAAGUCGGUCGAGCUCCGGGAACGCGUCGCGGAGCGUGUGCGGUGUUUGGGAUUCAGGCCAGUGGAUCCGAAGAAGAACGUGGGUGUGGGGGAUGCGGAGGGGGCGGUGGUGGAUAUCACGGCAGCGGAAGGAGGGGAAGGGGAAGGGGAAGGGAAGAGGAUGUUGGUGUGUAGGACGGACGAGCAGUACGAGAUGGCGAGGGAGUGCGUUUUGGAGGAUGAGUUCUGGAAGUGAGGGCCUACGAGAUCGUGUAUGAUAUGGUACAGCGCGACACCAAUAACGAUUAAUUGAAUUCGAUACGCUUUCGUGUCGUUGUCAGCUCCAACUACCGCGGAGACAAGCCCGUAUGAUCCAUACAUCCUCGGACGGUCAUGAAAACACGAACAAUCCAUGCUCCCGGUAUUACUAAUGACAUCACUUGCUCAGACCUGCCCGACAGUCUAUAGGUUAUCACGUUCCAGGACAUUCAAUAUGGGCGCUCCUCGGAUUCCCCCACACCAGUGUUACGUCCCGAGAACCCUGACCCUUCCCUGACCCUUCCUCCGCCCUAGGUGACGACUCGAUGUCUCCUACGGCCCCUACCCCGGUGUCCUCGGCGCGAUCGUGCUCGACGCCUGCCUGCAUGAGAACGCUGUCCGUGAUGCCCGCCUGUCCUCUACCGCCGUCCUGGCUCUCGACGCGAGACAUCGGUCGAUUUUGGCUCGAUAACGGGACUCCGUCGUAGUGUGAAGUUCGAUUCGAGGUAUCCUGCGUGUCCGAGGUAUUGGGCAAUGGAGGCCCGACGUCGCGCUCCAUCUCCACACCAGUUUCUCCUGCAACAAUUGACAAAGUGCUGUCCCGGGCACUGAUCUUCGGGCUUUCGAGGUGAAUCUGUCCGCCAUGAGGAAGCGAGUUGUCAUCGACAAUGCUCUGCUGUCCACCUCCAGGCUCCCCAUUCGAGUGAGAGUCGGUCCGCUGCGCCUGCAGGCUCCCGGAAGUCGCGAGUGCGUUCGACGCGGCAGCCCUACGAUCAGAUCGCGUGCCAUCGUGACCAUCGUCAUCGGAGACGGUUUCAUCGUUGAAGUCCGAAUCGAGAUGUG